AUGCCGCCGUGGCUGCGGGAACAGCUGAUGAAUAUGCAGCAGGCACAGCAGAACCUGCAGUCGAUCAUGGUUCAAAAGCAGCAGCUGGACGUGGAGCGGAUGGAGACUGACCGGGCCCUAGAGGAGCUCCAGAAGGCGUCUGACGAGGACACAAUCUACAAGCACGCAGGGAGCGUCCUGGUGAGAUACUCAAGAAAGGACAUCGUAGACGAGCUGGAGGAGAAGAGGAUGCUAGCAAAGACGCGCCACGACGUACUGGAAAAGCAGGAAGCCCGGCUAAAGGAGUCCCUCAAGGAACAAGAGGCAAAGCUGAACGAGGCCAUGAGGGGCCAGCAGGCGGGCCCCGAUCCGCACCAACGUAAAUAA